CGUUACCGGAGGCGGGACUUGGGUGAGCGGUGGUGAUUCACGGUGGAAUAACGGCGGAGCAGCAACGCUGCCCGAACACAGGACAUCGUCAUGUGGUCGCUGUGGCUGACAUGUGUUUGUGUUGUGCACAGCUCUGCCCUGCUGUCUCACGUGGACCAGUAUGAAGUGGUCAGACCUCAGAGGCUGCAGCACGGGAGGCAGAGGAGGAGCCUGAGAGAAAACCAGCUUCACCCAGAUACGGUGCAGUAUAAGUUGGCCAUUGAAGGGAAGAACCACAUCAUCCACUUGGAGAAAAACAACAAUCUUAUUGGAAAAGGCUACACCGAAACACACUAUUCAGAAGACGGGAAACGAGUCAUAACAUCACCAAGUGAGGAGCACUGCUUUUAUCACGGCCAUAUUGAAGGAGUGACGGACUCUUCGGUCAGCGUGGGGAUUUGCUCGGGCAUUAGUGGCUUUGUGAGGGCCCGGCAGCAGCUCUACCUGAUCGAGCCUCUGGGAAAGUCAGAGGAUGAAGAGCAUGCCGUUUACCGACAGGAAAACCUGAAGAUCAGCCGCCGCCCCAGAUGUGGCUCUUUGUCAAACACCACUGUGCUGUAUGACCGGGACCAGGUCCCUCACCAAGCUGGGCUCUUCAGGUCCAGAUUGUGGAAUACUAAACCGGUCACACAGCGGUUUGUCGAGCUGUUUGUGGUGGUUGACAACACCGAGUAUAAACGAUAUGGAAGUCAGACUAAAUCUCGUGUUCUUGCAGCUCUUAAUCACGUAGACAAGCUGUAUCGAGCUCUGAACAUCCGCGUCGUGCUGGUGGGAUUAGAGAUAUGGACGUACAAGGACUACAUUGACGUGGACAUAAAUUCGGAGACCACGCUGGACAAUUUCCUGAUGUGGCGCCAGACCGAGCUCCUGCAGAGGAUGAAGCACGACAAUGCCCAGUUUGUGACAGGCAAAGAUUUUGAAAAAGACACAGUGGGGUUGGCAAAUAAGUUCGCCAUGUGUUCCGAAAACUCGGGUGGAGUCAAUCAGGAUCACCAUGCUAACCCAAUCGGCCUUGCCUCCACCAUUGCUCAUGAGAUGGGGCAUAAUUUUGGCUUGUCCCAUGAUGCUGCAGGUUGUUUGUGCAGCAGUGAAAACUGUGUGAUGGCAGAGAAGCUCAGGACAGGAAGUGAAGCAUUCCCAGAGUUUUUCAGCAGCUGCAGCGUGGAGCAGCUUGCUGAGUUCAUGGAACGAGCUCAACCCAGCUGCUUGGAUAAACCAAACCCCAUCAGGACCAUCGCUGCGGGGCCUCACUGUGGCAACGCCCUGCUAGACCCUGGAGAGGAGUGUGAUUGUGGCACUGUGGAGGAAUGCAGGAACCUUUGCUGCGAUGCCUCAACGUGUCGUCUGACUGAGGGAUCCCAGUGUGCUCAUGGACAAUGCUGUGACAACUGUCAGUUCAAAGGUGCUGGAAGUGUGUGCAGGAGGUCGUCCAGUGACUGCGACCUGCCCGAAUACUGUACUGGCAUGUCCGAGGUUUGUCCCGAAGACAGCUUUGAGAUGAACGGCAAACCGUGCUACGACCAGGCGCAGGGCUACUGCUACAACGGCCAGUGUCCCACUCAUGAGCAGCACUGCUGGAGGAUGUUUGGACAAGGAGCCACGGUUGGGCCUAAUAUUUGUUUUGAACUGACCACGCGUGGCGAGGAAGGCGCAAACUGCGGGAGCACCAAAUUUGGCUACAUCCCCUGCACUGCACAGAAUUUCAAGUGUGGAUCUAUGUUUUGCCAAGGCGGCGGUGAGUCCAUCACGGGUAAAAGGGCGGCCUACACUGUGCUCGGCACUGAAUGUAAACUCGUUGUGGAUGACUAUAAAACCAGAAACAUUGACAUGGUGCCCAAAGGAACCAAAUGUGGACCAAAUAAGGUUUGCCUUGACAACAGGUGUGUGGAUCUGUCAGCGUACGGGGCACAGGGAGAUUGUGCAAAGAAAUGCAACAGUAAUGGGGUUUGUAAUCACAAGAAAGAGUGCCAUUGUAAUCCCGGAUGGGCCCCACCUUACUGUGACACCCAGUACACAGAUAUACCUCAAGGUACAGACCUAUUCACUGGAUUUUAAUUCAUUUUGAGUCAGACAAUUUCCAUCUUUUGGACGUGGUCUGUCUGCUGAAUAGGCAGGUUAGAGAUUAACAUCAAGGUCAGCACAAAAUGAGCUGUUCAAACAAAAAUAGGUCACACCUGCUCAUUGAAUCAUUCUUCCAGUCAGUAUGAAACAUGAAUGAUUCACUAUGAGUGAUGUCUUAUUUCUCCCAGAAUCAGUAUAAUCCUUUGUUCCUGAUUUUGCACGUUCUUCAACUCAGCGUCACUUAAACACCCAAAAAGGAUCUCAGAGAGCUCAGUCCCACAGUGUCGAGUUAAAAGUUCUGGAU